AUGAGCCCCGACGGUGCUGGCCCGUCAGCCGCGAGCACGGCCCCGUACUGCGUCCUAGAGCUGUACGCGACGCCGCAACACGACGACCUGGCAGCUACGUUCCGCGCCCUCCCCGCGUCGGCCCCACUGGCGCCCCUGCGCCAGCUCAUACGCGACUAUCCCCUCCUCUUUGUCGACGACACACACGGGCACGAUAUCGGCUGGGGCCUGCUCCGCUCCCCAGAGCGCCCGUUCCUCGUCCUGCGGGCGAAAUGGCGCAGCUUGACCGACCUCGAUCGGAUCGUAGCCGCACUCAACGCCUCGCGGAUCCACGAGCUCGUCAUCCGCCUGCAUAAACGCUCUGCCUCCCCCUCUGCGUCUCCACCGCAAGACACACUGACACACUUCUUCGACACCCUGUCCAUCGCCGGGCUGUAUGGGCUCGUACUACAAGACUACCGCUACGACACGGGAGGGGACUUCACACCCGCCGUGGGCGGCUACCUCGCCUCGCCCCGCUCGCAGUCCUUGGAACGGCUGUAUAUCCUGCAGAGCGAGUUCGCGCAGCCCGACUUCGCCGCGCCGAUCCUCGACGCCAUCACGGCCACCGGGCGCGUCUCCACGCUGCGGCUAGGCGGCGCAGCCAUGUCCUGGGAAGACGAGUUCCGCCCCCCCGUGCGCAUGCGCGAAGGUUGGUUCGCGCCGAGCCCGCUCGUCAACCGCCUGCCGAGCGUCACGGGCCGUAAUGCCGCCUUGGUGCGCGCGGUGCGCCGCGCCGCCGCGCAGGUGCUGAUACCUGCUCGUGUGCUGCUGCGCGGCCGGCCUUCGACUCAGCCGCACGAUGGCACGCGCCCGUUCCCCAUCCUCGACCUGCCGCACCAUGUGCUGGUCAACAUCCUCCGCUAUACCGCCCACGACGCGGCGCUGCUCUCCGACCCCCAACUCGCCCGCCUGUGCGCGCACGCUGCCUCCUCGACGGCGCUCACUGCCCUCUGCUCGGCGCUGGCCGACCUCCAGCGCCCGCGCAAGGUCGGAGGCGACCUCGUCCCGCCCGAUCGGUACGCUACGCUCCUCGCCGACGCGGACAACUCGGACCCCGAGGCUGUGAUUGCGCAGCGGAUCGCCAGUGUGCGGCUACGCACCGUCAUCAUUCCUGCCUUUGAGGACGUCAUGGAGCGGUGGUUGGCCGCUGGCGGGUUCCAUGUCGAGUGA